AUGCCUUGGUAUUUACAUUCAGAUGCCACUCCCCUAUCUACUGAAAAUAUUCAGAAUAUUAUUAAAGCCAAAAAUUUAAUGAAGCGAGCACCAGAAGCUAUGGCUAAUAAAUACAAAAUUUCAAUACGACGA